AUGCAAUCAGAACCGAAUGUUCGGUCCCAAUUGGCAUCACAAUAUGAGGAUCGUCGAAUUCGCGAUCUCGAACGACGUAUGGACUACGACAUUCGCUACCAUAAAGUGAUGUUGUAUUCGAAAACAUAUUGUCCGUACAGUCACCGUAUCAAACGCAUUCUUGCCAAAUACGAUAUUCAGGAUAUGAAAACAGUUGAAUUGGAUCUAGAAGCAGAUAUGGCGAUAAUGCAGGAUCACUUAAAAUAUAUCUCUGGAAGUCGUACAGUUCCUCAGCUCUACAUAAGAGGUCGAUAUGUUGGUGGACAUGAAGAGACUGCACAGAAAGACGAAUCUGGUGAGCUUGAGAGACUGUUGAAGCGAGCAUAUGCGAUUCGGCAAUCUUAUCGCAAUCAACGCAAACGAACAUAA